AUGGUGCUGAUAGGGAUAACUAAACGUGGACCGGGGUUUAUACCUGCCAAACCGUCACCUUUAUCUAAUCGGAAUUAUAAGAUGAGCGAAGACUAUGGUAAAGAUGAUGCAGGGAGGAAGCAGCCAACGGUUAAUAGGCAACCAGGGAUACGACAUAAACAAGGAGAAAGGAGAGAAACAGGUAAAAAUAUAGGGGAAUUUGAAGGCAAAUGUAAAAACGACAUUGAUCACGGUAAUGACUUUGAUGGAGAGCAAGAUAAAGGGCCAGGAGAGUUUUUAGAUAUACUCCAGACAUUUCCGUUAUUCAAGCAAGCACCGGAGUCAUUUGUGAUGAAAAUAGUUUCGCAGCUCAGAUUUAAGGUUUACAGGCCAAAGGAGUAUGUUAUUAGAAAGGGAGAACCGUCGGAGUCCAUGUAUUGGAUUAUGAGUGGGACAGUUGGCAUCAGUGAUGGCGAGUCGAUACAAGCGGAGCUUGGACGGGGGAGCUUUUUUGGUGAAGUAGGUGUUAUAUUCAAUAGACCGAGGACAGCUACGGUGGUGGCGAGAAGUAAAGUUGUGGUGGGAGUAUUGGAAAGCGAGGCGCUCAAUUUUGUAUUACAAUAUUAUCCUUCAAUUGAGAGAAAGAUCAGGGAUGAGGCGCAGGGAAGAUUAGCACUGCAAGAUAAGAAAUGUAAGUCUGGAACGUUAAGAUGUAAUCAGAAUAAUAGUUAUGCCGGAGGGUAUGGAGACGAGUUACAACCUGAUUCCGUUUUGUCGCCUAGGUUUCUCAAGGAUUUUUCGCUUUUUCAACAAAUGCCUACUUAUAUUAUUGAGGAAUUACUAUCGUAUACCGAGCUUGUGAAGAUCCCGCUGUUUGAUUAUGUUUUUAGCAAAGGUGACAAGGAUCUCGAUGUUUAUUUCAUCGUAAGCGGUAGGGUAGAAAUAAUUAAUAAAGGCUUGGAUUCUAAAUCUGGCCGCAGAUUGGCAGUGCUAGAAUCAGGCCGUUCAUUUGGCAUUCUAUCAUUUUUAUCACAUUUGAAAGGAAAUAACGACUGUAGGAGAACUGCGAGUGCCAUAUCAAUAUCGCCUGUAAGAUUGCUUAAGAUUCAAAGUUGCAAGUUAAAGGUAUUGUGUAAGCAAUUUUCAUUUAUUAUAGAUGAAUUAGAGCAUGAAAGCUUAGAUAGAACAUUUCUAGUUCCUGACAAGAGAGCUGACGCAACUCCUAAUAGUCCACCGACCACCAGACUUUCUAUUGACUUUCUCAUGAACGGAAACGAAGAUAAUUUUUCAAAAGUUAGCAACCAUUCUCAAAAAGACUUGAAAAUAGAGCAGCUGCUAUCAUAUCCAACAUAUAGUUCAAGAUACCAAAAUGUUUCUCCGAUUUCACCGAUUUCCCCCGUGGAAAAUAUUGAUUCAUCAACUACGCAAUCGCCGAACAUAAACACAACAGAACAAAUUAAUACGAAAAAGAGAAAAUUGUCGAUUGAAAAAUAUCCACUCGAUUUCUUUAGCGGAAGAGCUUCGACAGAGCCGACAAAAAAUGAAUUUGUAGAUCAUGAUGAUGUGAAAUUAAGUGAGAUCCCCAAUGAUAAGAAACUGAAACUAAACAAAAACGAAGAGUCCUUACUAAAUACUGAUGAGACGGCGAUAAAAAUUUUUCUGAAGGUGUUCGAAUAUUUGACAAUUCCGGAAUUAAUGAAAUUAAGAAGAGUCUGCAAACAAUGGAAUGAUAUAUUAUCCACAGCGCCAGGAUUAUGCAACAAGUUAGACUUGACGCCUUGGAAUACAUCGAUUGAUGAUAAAUCGUUAAUUUCAAUAACAGACUUUGUUGGUGCAAGGCCACAGUAUAUAGAUAUAUCUAAUUGCUUUCAUGUAACUGAUGAGGGUUUUACUUAUAUGAUUAAUGAAAUUGGAAUUUCGGGAAAAAUAAAAGAUUUGAAAAUGGAAUCCAAUUGGGAAAUCAGUGGAAUGGCUAUAAUGGAUCUAAGUCUGUCGAUUGUUGGUAGACAUUUGGAAAGAAUUGAUUUGGCUAAUUGUCGGAAGGUUCGUGAUGAUGUAUUAGAAAGACUUACAGGUUGGAAUCCAGGAGACAUAAACCAAACAAACAAUGAACUGAAAGAGGAUGAUAAAAGGUCAAAUGUGGGGUGCAAAAACUUGAAGAUAAUUGACGUUGGAUAUUGUAAACAUUUGACGGAUAAUAUAAUGUAUCAUAUAUCCCAAAAUGCUAAUACGAGAUUAGAAAGCUUGAAUUUAACAAGAUGUACUACAAUUACUGAUCACGGAUUUGAGCAUUGGAAUAAAAGAAGUUUUCCAAGUUUGAAGAAAUUAUCGUUGAAAGAUUGUACAUUUUUAACUGAUAAAUCGAUAAUCUCAAUUGCAAAUUCAGCAAGUAAUUUAGAAAUUUUAGAUUUAAAAUUUUGCUGUGCGUUAUCAGAUGUUUCAAUUGAUAUGUUGUGCUUAGGUUGCCCGAAAUUAAAGCAUUUAGAUCUAUCAUUCUGUGGAAGUGCCGUUAGUGAUUUCUCACUCGUUGCUAUUUCAUUGCAUUUACGGUUCUUAGAAAAAUUAAUUUUAAAAGGCUGUAUUAGAGUUACUAGAGCUGGUAUAGACUCAUUAUUAAGUGGUUGCUCUCCAUUGAAUUAUCUCAACAUUAGUCAAUGUAAAAAUGCUCAUCUCUACCCAGGUGGAAUAGCAGCCCAGAAGUUGAAGAUUCAUAGCCAAACAAAAACUGCUUUUGUCACUGCUGGAUCUUAUCGAAAUAUUAUUGAAAUUGCGGUUUAA